GCCCCCACCUGCGCUAUGGGCUCAGAAGUCUGGGUCGGCACUUGGCGGCCACAUCGGCCCCGCGGCCCCAUCGCGGCGCUCUACAGAGGCCCGGGGCCAAAAUACAAGCUGCCCACGAACACCGGUUACAAACUGCACGACCCGUCUCGGCCGCGAGCCCCCGCCUUCUCCUUCGGCUCGCGUCUACCCUUGCGGCAUGCAACCUGCGGACCGGGGCCGAGUUACCUAGUGCCUGCCCGCAUGACCGUGCGCGGCAGCGUUGGCUCCCCGGCCUUCUCCAUCUACGGUCGCCUAAGCCACACCGCGCCCGUCCUCACUCCUGGACCGGACAGGUACUCCCCAGAACGCGCGGGAAAUGUGACGUACCCCAGCGCUCCUCGGCAUACCAUUGCUCCCCGAAACUGGGGCAUCCUCUCAAAGCAACAAACCCCAGGUCCUGGGUCCUACACCGUGCCUUCGCUCUUGGGCCCACGAGUCAUAAACAAAGUCUCAGCCCCAACUUACUCCAUCUACGGCCGCAGCACUGUGGGCAGCUGCUUCGAGGACCUCAGCAAGACCCCAGGCCCUUGUGCCUACCACGUUGUGAACCCUGGGGUCUACAAGACUCGAGCCCCGCAGUUCACGAUGUUGGGGCGGACUCCGCCACCUCAAGAGACCACCAAGAAGCCAGGACCAGCAUCCUACAGCGUGGACAAGCACCGGAAGCCUCGCGGCUGGACCUUCGGGAUCAGGCACUCCGACUACCUGGCCCCCAUGAUACGGUACCACGUGGACGACUGACGCCAG